ACUCAACUGAGGACUCACGAUGGCAUCAGGGAACCAAGUCCACAGCCCCACAGACAUCGCGUUGCACCAACCUGAUGCAAACUCAAAGCGCAAGCAGAUGAAAUGGCAGGACGCCGUCCGCUACAUCAUCGACCAGCGGGGACAGGUGCAGGCAAGCGAUCUGCAGACCGCCAGCACACACAAGAUCAUCGUGACUGACGCCUACAUUGAAGACAUCAACCGUCAUAUCCGCAGUAAACUGGCACAUAACAGCAACAGCAACGGCAUCUACAAACGCCGUGCCUCAGGUCCUCGUGUCCACCCCGCGCGUGACCGCCUGGCCAAUGGCACACAAAAGAAGCCCACAGACACCAGUGUCAGCGACGUGGACUUCUUCGUCAGCUGGGGAUCGACGGUGCGCGGCGUGUUCCUGCCCGCGCUCCACCACACCUUCAAGUCUCAGGACCUGGAGAAGCUCUACCAGCAGUUCUCCUCCGACCAGCGCCGCACCUCCCUGGCGGUCACCAACUUCAUCGACAUCAUCACCAAGCUCCACAUCAUCGUCAUCUACCUGGCCGUGGCCCCCGAGAUGAUCGACUCGGUGCGCGGGGGGCUGGCCGGCCUCUUCAUGGCCCUGGACAGCGUGCUCUGCGUCCUGGUGAUCGUCAGCAAGGGCAGUUUGUCGCCCGAGCACCUGCGCUACGCCGGUCUCGCCAUCUGGUUGUCACAGACUGUGCAGGUGCUGGCGGGCCUGGUGUACGGGCUGGAGAAGGACCAGUCGUGGUACGUGCUGUUCAUCCUCUUCUCCACCUACACGCUGCUGCCUCUGCCCCUGCUCUGGUCCAUCUGCACCGCAUGCCUCACCUCCACCCUGCACCUGCUGGUGGAGUCCAUACAGAACUUUAACGAUGUCACCAUCAUCAGAAAGGUGCUGCUGAAGGGGCUUCUUUACAUGGGCAUGAACACCGCUGGCCUGUUCAUACACUACCUCUCUGACCGUGCCCAACGCCAAGCCUUCCUGGAGACCCGCCGCUGCAUCGAGGGCCGGGUCAAGUUGGAGAGGGAGAAUAACAGACAGGAGAAUUUGGUCAUGUCCAUUUUACCUCGCUUCAUUGCCUUAGAGAUGAUUGCAGACAUUAGCACCAUAGAGGACAACAUGCUGUCUCAACAGUUCCACAAGAUCUACAUCCACCAUUACACAGAUGUCAGCAUUCUGUUUGCUGACAUACAGGGCUUCACCACGUUGUCAAUGACCAUGUCUGCCCAGGAGUUGGUGCGGACUCUCAACGAACUCUUUGGCCGUUUUGAUCAUCUAGCAGAGGAGCAUCAGUGCAUGAGGAUAAAGAUCCUGGGGGACUGCUACUACUGUGUUUCCGGGGUGCCCGAGCCCCAGCGUGCCCACGCCCGCUGCUGUGUGGAGAUGGGCCUGGCUAUGAUAAACACCAUCAGAUACCUGCGUCGGGAGCUGAAGAAUGAGGUGGACAUGCGUAUUGGCAUCCACUCUGGCUCGGUGCUCUGUGGCGUGCUGGGACUGCAGAAGUGGCAGUUCGACGUCUGGUCCUGGGACGUGGAUGUGGCCAACAUGCUGGAGGCAGGGGGCAUACCUGGGAGGAUCCACAUCUCCCAGGCCACCCUGGACUGCCUGGGCGGGCUCUACAAGACGGAGGAGGGGCGUGGCCACGAACGCAACGAGUUCCUGCGAAAGCACAAGAUCAACACCUUCCUCAUCUGCCACACCCCGGUGGAGGAGACGGUGUGUCCACCCAGAGUUCGCAAGAUAAGUCGGGAGACCACCUGGAGCGCCGAGCUUCCCUUCGAUAGCAUCAUUGGCAUGAACUGCCUCUUGGCCACGUUCACCAAUGGCUCGCUCAUGCAGCUGCCCAGUCACAUCGCCGUGGGCAACCCCGGAUCACGUGAGAUCAACAAGCGCAUCAAGCAGGCCAUCGAGGUGCGCAGCAGCGAGCGCAUGAGGAAGGAGCACAUCACACCUUUCACCUUGGUCUUUAAAGACUCCAACAUCGAGAACAAGUUCUCCCACAUGAGGGAUGAGAUGUUCAAGUCCAACCUGGUGUGCUCCUUCAUCUUGGUGCUCUUCAUCAUGGCUGUGCAGGUGCUCAUCCCUGCGCCACAAAUAUGUCCCAUGGUAGUGCAGUUCUCCCUCUUCCUGCUGGCGUAUGCCCUCCUGCUGGUGGCCACCCUGGCGGAGGAGUUCAAGCAGUCUCCUCCUGCGCUGCAGUACCUGUGCUGCUGGAUCCAGGAGACCAAGAGUGCCCGCAACCUCCUCACCCUCACCGCCAUCGCCAUCAACUUUGGAGCUGCCUCCUCAGACAUUCUGUGGUGUAACACUACGGAGCCUGAAAGAGAGGGGGGCAGCGCCACCUCCCAGCACAACCCACCAGCACAAGCACCUGUUAACAUCUGCAAUCAUCCAGAGUACUUUGUGCUGAGCAGUGUCCUUGCCAUGGCCACGUGCGCUGUGUUCCUGCGGCUUAGUUGCCUGCUAAAGCUCCUGGUGCUCCUGGUGGUGAUCGUUGUCUACACAUACCUCAUAGAAGAAGUCCUGCACAUGCUCUUCAUCCAACAUCAUCAUAAUGGACAAAAUGGCCAGAGAUCGCACUACCUCAGGAAACGGGGUAUUUCAGUGUUGCUGGUGACCAUGUUUGUCAUUGUUGUGCUCUACAAUAGUCGAAAGCUGGAGGUGACCGCAAGGCUGGACUUCCUGUGGCGACUGCAGGCCCGACAGGAAGUGGAAGACAUGAGGGAGCAGAGGGAGCACAACGAGUGUCUGCUGUAUAACAUCCUGCCCACCCAUGUGGCCAAGCACUUCCUGGCCAGAGAGCGACAUAAUGAGGAUCUUUACUCCCAGUCCUAUGAGAGGGUUGGGGUGUUAUUUGCCUCCAUUCCUGGGUUCACUGACUACUAUGAACAGAAGGAGCUCAACAAUCAAGACAUAGAGUGCUUACGGCUCCUUAAUGAAAUCAUAUCUGACUUUGAUGAGCUUCUUGAUGAGAGAUACUUCCAAGACAUUGAGAAAAUCAAGACUAUCGGCAGUUGUUACAUGGCUGCGUCUGGAUUGUCUCCCGACAGACCCUCUAGUGCAGAUGAAUGGGCCCACCUCAGUGAAUUAGUGCUGUUCGCUCUAGCGAUGCAAGAGACACUGAAGGAGAUCAACAAAAUCACAGCCAACAACUUCCAGCUUCGCAUUGGUAUUGCGCAUGGUCCAGUGAUAGCCGGGGUGAUAGGCGCCACCAAGCCGCAGUAUGACAUCUGGGGGAUGACGGUGAACCUGGCCAGCCGCAUGGACAGCACAGGGGUGAGCGGACGCAUCCAGGUAGCCGAGGCCACCAGCAAAAUCCUGGCGGAGCGCGGCUUCAAGCGUGAGCUGCGCGGCGACGUCUUUGUGAAGGGCGUGAGCGAGAGGCACGGUGGCGUCCGCACCUACUUCAUCAGCAGCCGAGAACAGAGCCCUAGGUCCAGCUACGAAGACCGUCUGCUAAGCAGGUCUGGUCUGCAUGGGCGUAACACGCUGUCUGGAGUGGUCUUCGCCCUGGUGCAGAUGCGCAAGAAGGAGAAGCUGAGGGAAGCUAACGGAGGCUUUCAUCUGCUGGACGUCUCCUGGCCUCCAGCCUGAGAGCUGACUCACUCCAAUGCUUUCCAUGGAGGAUCUGCAGUACACUAUGGGUUUCUUCUUGGGGGAGAAGAGCGUGUCUGGAAUGGCAUCUGAUCAGGGUAUCUCAGGCUACCGCCUGUAUAGGCCUACAGUACACAUCAUGGAGCCAGCACUUCUCUCCUUGUUGGACUGUGUUUGCAGUGGGAAGAAAAAGGAGUCGCACACAGGAGCUUGAUGCUAUCAGUGAACCUGUAUUUAAAAGCCAAAAAUAAAGAGAAGCCAAAACAAAAAGUGGGUUACAAACGUUUCGGGUCUAGCCCAUCAUCAGUGUUCCCAAAAGCAAAAUACUGGACUGGACUGUGUUUGCUGAACACAGGGACAACACAACAGGGUGAUCAUUUGGAGUUUGAUUUAAAGCCCUGUAACAGGGCAUUGGAGUCCAUUCUUUACUGUGUCGAACUGUUCGGAAGUUCAGAAGGAUUUUUUCAUUCGUGAAGGAGGAAGAGCAAUUGACUGGACGUGUUUUUGGCUCUUUGGGAGAUAGGAAAUGUGACUGAAUUGCAACCAGAUAGAUGUCGAACUGUCUGCAAAAGGAAUCAGAUAGCCUAACAAGUCAACUAGGCCUAGCCUAGGCCUAUAUGGAAACAAGGAAAAGUAGGCCUAUAAUAAUUGUAAAAUCAACAUUUCUGGCCUACUGGCCUUGAUGUUUUGUAAUGAGAGAAUGAGAACAUUCUACA